AUGAAUUAUCAUUUUGUAUUUUUAUUUUUGGUAUCAUUUAUAUUUUGUAUAAAUUCCCAAAAAGCGAUUCCUUUAAACUAUUAUAAAAAUGAUCUAAAUGGUCAUUAUUACCAAGUAGUAAAUCAAACAUUAAAUCCAAUUUUAGCAACAGAAUAUUGCAGCAAACAAACUUAUAAUAAUAAAAAGGGUUAUAUAGCAACCUUUACAAGUGAAGAAGAGUGGAACUGGGCUUGGAGCAAUGGUAUUAAUAUGCCAGGUAGCUGGAUAUCAGGUUCAGAUGUACCAAAGACUGGUGUUUGGCAUUGGUCUAUUGGAGCUCCUGAAGAACUCCAACCAUGGUAUAAUCUUUAUUUCGAUAAAUGUUAUACCUUUUGUUUAUUCGGAAGUGUUGAACCAAAUUUAAUCGAAGGUGAACAUUGGAUUCAUACAUCAGGUAGUUUAACUUUCCCAUAUUUAAACAAUAACGGUAUAAAUGCUGUCAUAAAUAAUGUAGUUUGUGAAUAUGGUGGUUUAGAAGAGCCAUUUGUUCCAUCAUCCCCAACAUCAGGCUCAACUAUUAUUGUAUCAAAUUUAGGUGGAUAUGAUAUUCCUACUUUAUCCAUUACUUUUACUGGUCGUGAUGGUACCACCUCAAAUUUCCAAGCAAUCAAUAUCGAGCAAAUUAACAGUACUCAUGCUUAUGCUACUAUCGGUACCGGCCAAGGAAAAUAUUAUGUUAUGGUUAGUGAUGGUAAAGGAAAAAAAUUAGAACAAAAUCAAUUAUGGCAUUAUGAAUUACCAUACGUUGGUGGAGUCUUCCCAGCUUUUAAUAAGGGAGGUAUUGCUACUAUUACUGGUGCUAAUUUCGGUAUUGAUGCCAGCAAAAUCUCUCUAACUUUGGGAUAUGCAUCCCCAGUUGCUUGCGAAAAUGUUAAAAUAAUUCAAGAAAACGAGGCCUUUACAUGUACCUUGGCUGCUGAUCUUACAGAUAAGUUCUUACCAAUAACAAUUUUAGUUUCAGGUUCAAAAUUUGUUUCAUAUAAAGCUGCAGUUUAUUACCCAAGUAAUAACUUAUAUUAUUCAGGUUUUGUAAGUUCAUCUACUUUUAUAACAUCAAUGAAUAAUUAUAGUUCUUCAUUAAGAAUUGAUGGCCAAAUCGGCACUAUUGGUGUUUUUGAUUCGAAAGAAUUAUUUGACUUUAUGAAUAAGGUGCUCCCAGUUCCAUCAACCAAUACUCCAUGGUUGUUAUGGCAAAAUGCUCGUUAUGAUCCAGCAACUAAAGGAUGGUUUUAUUUGGCCGGCCCAAAAAAAGAUUUGCCACUUACAUUAUAUUACACUAAUGUUGUCGGCGAUCAAAAUACAUGGAGUGCAAAUAGUAGAUUCAUUAUUAAUAUGAACGAUUUAUCAAUUCAGGCUUUUUCUGGAAGUGCAAGUACUUUUACACAAUUUGGUGGUUAUGCACCAACUUUCCCAGAGGUUAUUACACAUAUGGUUAGUCCAGCUGGUGGUAAAGUAGACCUUAAAAUCGAUAAUUAUGGUACAGUUUUUAGCACUAUCAAAGUAUUAUAUAGAGGUUUAGAAUUACCAUUCGAAAGAGAUUAUAUUAAUGGUGAAUUAGAUGUUAUUGUUCCAGCAGGUUUUGGUGGACCAGACGAAAUCAAUGUUAUUGUCGAUAAUUUACAAACUCCAGCAAAAACCCAAUUCAUCGAAUAUAGCGGCCCAGAAAUUACAAAUAUUAAUCGUGUUCCAACUACUGGUGGAAAGGUUACCAUUGAUGGUAAAUAUUUCUCCAAUACCCUUGACAAUACCAUUCUCAACUUUGGUGGUGUUGCUUGUUCAAAUUUGGCUUACUCUGAACAAUAUUCCCAAUUAACAUGUGACUUGGUACCAGGUUCAGGUUCAUUAACAGUUUCGCUCACCAUUGCCGCAAAGUCAACAGCUUACAAUUACCAAUACCAAAACCCAACUGUUUCCUCAGCUAAUAAUAUCCCAAAUGUAGGUAGUUUAGUCACAGUUACUGGUACAAAUUUUGGUUCAAAUAAAGAUGAUAUCAGUAUUUCAAUUGGUUCAUACACAUGCUCCAAUGUUGUAAUUGUAACUGAUCAUCAAAAAAUUACAUGUUCAGCACCAGUUGGUACCCCAGGAACUUAUGGUUUGGUUGUAACAGUAAAAGGUUUGCCAUCAACAGCUUUCUCAGUAUAUUAUUUCGCAUCAGGUUUAUCAACUGUACAAAAUGGAGUUGAUCUUGAUAUUAAUGGUCAAGAUUUACCAAAUGCAUCUGAAUUAGCAAUUAAAAUUGGUCAAGUUGAUAUCUCAAGUAACUGUGUCGGAAGUGGUUCAAAAUUAGUAUGUACAAACUUACCUUUACAAUUAACAAGUGGUAGUUUAGCAAUUACAAAGGGCUCAGACAUUUAUCCACCUAUUUCAGUUGUAUUAAACCCAUACAUUACAUCAAUUUCAAAUGAUUUAUUAGAUACUUUAGAGGAUUCAGUAAUCACUAUUAACGGAAGAUACUUUGAAACUACAACAAACCAAAUUCAAAAUACUAUCCAAAUUUUAAAUGAAAAUGGUAUUGCAUUCGCAUCAAAUAAAGUAAAUCGUGUAUCCUCUGAAGUCAUCGCAUUAACAAUAAAUGGAGGUUAUGGAAAAGAUCACGAAUUAUUGGUUCAGGUCGACACAAGAAAAUCAAAUACAUUAGGAUAUUCAUUCUAUCCACCAGAGUUAUCAACAGUUGAACAAAUUGGGGCUAAAAUUAUCGUAACUGGUAACAAUUUCACUACUGAUAGCGAGGUCACAACUUUAACAUUCAAUUCAGAAAAACAAGAAUUGGUGUCAAUAAAAACCAAUGAAAUUAUUUUCAAUUUGGAUGGAUUAUCUAAAAAUGGCCAAGUAUACGUAGAAGUUGGUAACCAAAAGUCAAAUACUUUACAAUUAGAUAUCAGACCAAGUUUAUCAAGUGUCUCACCAAAUAUUAUUCCUAUGAAUGGACCAACUGUUAUUACCAUUGUUGGUAAUUAUUUAAAUAGCAAAGAUGCUAAUGGUCAAGAUAUUUCAAUUGAAUUCUUUUACCAACUCACCACCGAAGAGGAUUCACCAAAAGAGAAAUUAGACAAUUGCCAAGAAAUUAGUGUUGAUGAGGAAAGUAAAUUAUAUACCUUUACAUGUGAUAUGGUAUCUGGUUAUGGUUAUUAUAGUAUUUCAGCAUCCUCUACAUCACCUGAUCAAACGUUAGAAACCAAUACAAUCUCAAAUCUUUCAUAUGAAUCACCAAUUGUAGGUCUUUCAACAUCUCUUUAUCAAAAUGAAGGUGGUAAUGUAACCAUUGGUGCAAGUAAUUUCAAUAUUAAAUAUACUCAGGUAUUCAUUGGUGGAAAAGAGUGUACAAACCCAAUAGAAGUAGAAAAUAAAUCCAAGAUUCAAUGCUAUUUCAGUGCAGAUGUUGAAAUUUCAAAUAAAGAUGAUUCAUUAACCAUUGAGGUUAUUUCAGCAAAAUUAUCUGGAAGUAAUAAUGGUUUCGUCUAUUCAUUAUUAUAUGAUUGUUUAAAUAAUUGCUCAUCAAAUGGCGAUUGUGACAAGAAAACCGGUAAUUGUAUUUGCCACCAAGGAUUCAUAGGUAAAGAUUGUUCAAAUAUUCAACCAAACAGUUCAAGUAGCAGCAUGGAUUCAAGUUCAAGUGAAAAUAAUUUACCACCACCAUUUGUAGAUGAAGACGGCACAACUAUUUUCCCAGGCACUAAAAUUAAUUUUACAGUUUCAAUUUCUCAUCUUCGUGAAUUGGAUAUAGAAAACAACCAUGUUAAAGCUUUAAAACUUUCAACAAUAAAAUGGGUAGAAAGAAAUUCAACAGGCAACCAUUAUUAUUAUAAAGGUACAUUCGAAAAUGAUCCAGCCAUUUUCGAAUUGGAUAUUAGAUACUUUGAAACUGAACAAGUUAUUGAGUUUGGUGGUGAGAAAUUAACAAUGCCAGAGAACUCUAUUAAAUAUCAAGUUUCAGUUUCACAAUGGAGUUUUGCAACUAAAUUUAAUACCCUUCAAACUAUUUACCAUUCAAAAACAAACAAAGUUUCUGUAUUCAAUUGUGAAGAAAUUGUUUCUACCACUGAAGUUGGUACCAACCAAUUCCAAAUCAAUACUGGUAACGGAUAUUUAUCCGCAAAAUUCUCUUCUAGAAUGAUUAUUGAUGAUUCAAAAUAUUCAAAAACAGAAAUUUCAACUCUUGACCAAGCUGAUCCUUUAUAUAAUGAUUUCACAAAUGUAACUUCAAGUAAAAGCAAUGAAUAUCAUGUAUUAACCUCAAUGAAUUCACCAUUCUUCCAAUCUAAAGUAAUUUUGGAUCCAUCAUUUUCUAGUUUCUUUAGAAUCGAAGAAAAAACUGAAUGUGGCUCAAGUUCAAAAUGGAAAUUAGCAGUAAUCAUUUCUUUAUCUGUGGCUGGUGGGACAUCUGUUGCUGUUGCAAGUUUCUUUGUUUAUAAAAGUAAAGUAAUGAAGAAAAAAGCUUUAGAUUCAAUAUCCAUGUCUUAAAAACUAAAUAAAAAUUUAAAUCAUUUUUUUAAUU